GUCCGGGGCUGUGAGGUGUCAUGCCUCCCGCUGCUCUAGUUUUGACGUUGCCGAGGGCAGCUGUGCUGGUCCGGGGCCACCGGGGCGGCUGCAGCGGUGGGAGCGGGCUGCUAGGCUGCUCCAAGUAGUUGUGGGGCAUUUCUCCCCAGAGGGUUUUGUGAGCUUGAGCGUGUGUGCAUGUGCAUGUGCGUACGAGAGUCUAGGAGAGCUUUUGCCUUGCCUUGCCCUCCUUCCUCUUGGCUGUCAGUGGUGACUAACAAAGAAAGAGUCCCCAGAUGGGAGAGCGGGCGAGGGGUCUGCUCUGAAGCGGUCCUUCCCUCCACCUCCUUCCAAACCCUCCUGGAAGACGAAAGGAGGCAGCGCUGAGCCCGAGCCUGCUGGCUCCCAGCUGCAAAGCCAUCAGCGGGAGAUGGAAGAUGGAAGAAAGAAGUGGUGGGGCAGAGACAUUUGUUUGGGUUAACAACGGAUCAGCUCAUUCCAAAAGUGUUGCCAAGGCCAAGUAUGAAUUUUUAUUUGGCAGACCAGAAGAGAAAGCCCCAGAAACCAGUGAUCAUGGAGGAAGCACUUUACUCCCACCCAAUGUCACCAAUGAAUUUACAGAAUAUGGGACCAUGGGAGAAAGGGGAGAAGUCCUCAGAGCUUCGCUUGAAUUUGAUGCGGAGAGUCAACAGUGCUGCCCACAGGGGCGGGAGCGGGGCCAGCUCUUGGUUGGCCCCCAGUUUGAUCUCCACGGCUCGGCAACAGGAGGACUGAGUCAUGACGGGGAGGCAUCUUCACAUAGGCACCUUAAGGAACCGAGUUUGCCACAGCCUGUUGGCUCCCUGACCCCAGCACCCCCAAGCGCUGCGGGAGCUAGCACAGCUUCAGGAGGACUGCAAGCACCAAAGGUACUAGAAGGAGAUGGGAUUUCUGUUUCAUCAUCCCGGCGAAUGGAAAAAGGGUCGAAAGCCACCCGCCGGGAAGCACGAGGAGCCAACAGACCAGCUACCGCUGGCCAAGAAAAACCACCAGAAAUACCUCUUCCAGCUGAACUAAUAACUGAGGAAAAUUUUUAUUUGAGUAUUGAAAAGGAUUUGACUGCCUUAUUAACUGGGGAAACCCAGCCAGUGCUGUCCCAAAUCACGAAUAAUGGGAAAAAAGAGACUGUUAGAGGGCAGAUGAUCGGCCCAAAGACCUCUGUGGAGAAAGCACCAGUGGCCCAUAAGUAGAGGGCACCAUUAGCUUUACGGGGGGGAAAAUGCUCUGAUCUGGGGAGGAAGCAGUCAGGAUUUGAUCGAGUAGGUACGGUCUACAGGUCGUCUGUAGAGCAGGGAGGCUCGACAGGCUCUGGCAGGAUCAAACACGUAGGAUUUCAAGGGGUGGAGAUUCUUUGGACAGGGGGAGAGGAGGAAGAAACGAGACGUUCCUCAGCAGAUGUGGAAGCAUCUGUGGAAAGGACAGCCUUUUCCAAAAGCAAGGAGUUUUCCAAAGUGUCAAGCCAUCCCAUUCCAUCUGUGGCUUUCUCUCAUUCAGUCAGGUUGACGGAGGGUGUUUGGGAUGAACCUUGGAAAGAUGCUUCAGAAAGGCUUGGAACUAGAUCAGGGACAUUUUCUCCAGGAUUGCUUGUAGAAGGUGGAGAGGAUGAAGUAUUUUUGAAGGAAAAUGAACAACAUCCUGAGAAGAAGUCUGUGCCACAGGGGGAAGUGGAAAGGAUCAUUGAGCAAGAGGAAUCAACCAGAGAAGAAGAUGAUGUUCUGGGGCCUGGGUAUACAGAGGAUUCAACUGAUGUGUACAGCUCCCAAUUUGAAACCAUUUUGGAUAAUACUUCUUUAUACUAUAGCGCGGAGUCACUGGAGACUUUAUAUUCAGAACCUGAUAGCUAUUUCAGCUUUGAAAUGCCUCUCACGCCUAUGAUCCAACAGCGCAUCAAAGAAGGCAGUCAGUUCUUAGAGAGGACUUCAGGGCCACAGCAAGAUGUCCUCAGCGUCUCUGCUGAUGGUGGGAUAAUAAUGGGCUACCCUGGAGAGAUCACCAAUGGGACAAAUGAUGCUGAUGACACUGUCUACAGAAAGGGAGCCCCUGAGGUGGCUUUCUGGGGAAGCAGCAAUGCUGGGCUGAAAAAGUCCAAUCAAGAGCCCCAUUGUGAAAUGGGGAGUACUGAAUUUCUGGAAAAAGAAUCCCCUGAAAACCUCAGCAAUGGAACAAACAGCAACUUGGAGGCAGCCAGGAGGUUGGCCAAGCGUCUUUACCACCUUGAUCAUUUCAAGCGUUCAGAUGUGGCCAAGCAUUUAGGAAAGAACAAUGAAUUCAGCAAACUAGUGGCUGAGGAAUACCUUAAGUUUUUUGAUUUUACAGGAAUGACGCUGGAUCAAUCUCUCAGGUGUUUCUUUAAGGCAUUUUCCCUUAUGGGAGAAACCCAAGAACGAGAGAGAGUUUUAGUCCACUUCUCCAACAGAUACUUUCAUUGUAAUCCAGACACCAUUUUUUCAGCAGAUGGUGUCCAUUGCCUCACCUGUGCCAUCAUGCUCCUUAACACUGAUCUACAUGGCCACAAUAUUGGAAAGAAGAUGACCUGCCAGGAGUUUAUUACGAAUCUCCAGGGUGUGAAUGAAGGCAGUGAUUUUCCCAGGGACCUGCUGAAGGCUCUCUACAAUUCAAUCAAGAAUGAGAAACUGGAAUGGGCAGUAGAUGAUGAAGAGAAAAAAAAGUCUUCAGAAGGAACUGAUGAGAAGGCCAAUGGAACCCAUCCAAAGACCAUCAGUCGUAUUGGUAGCACCACUAAUCCUUUCCUGGACAUUCCUCAUGACCCGAAUGCUGCUGUUUAUAAAACUGGAUUUCUGGCUCGAAAAAUCCAUGCAGAUAUGGAUGGAAAGAAGACUCCAAGAGGAAAGCGAGGGUGGAAGACCUUUUAUGCUGUGCUGAAGGGAACAGUGCUUUACUUACAAAAGGAUGAGUACAAACCAGAAAAGGCUUUGUCUGAAGAUGACUUGAAGAAUGCAGUGAGUGUGCAUCAUGCACUGGCAUCAAAGGCCACAGAUUAUGAGAAGAAACCAAAUGUGCUGAAACUCAAAACAGCCGACUGGAGGGUCUUGCUGUUUCAAGCCCAGAGCCCAGAGGAAAUGGAAGCAUGGAUAAACAGAAUUAAUUGUGUGGCAGCUGUGUUUUCAGCCCCCCCAUUUCCAGCAGCUAUUGGUUCCCAGAAGAAGUUCAGCCGUCCGCUUCUUCCAGCUACGACGACAAAAUUGUCACAGGAUGAACAACUAAAGUCACACGAAAGCAAGCUCAAGCAGAUUUCCACAGAGCUGGCCGAGCAUCGCUCUUACCCGCCUGACAAGAAAGUCAAAGCUAAGGAGAUUGAUGAAUACAAACUGAAAGACCACUACCUGGAGUUUGAGAAAUCUCGCUAUGAAAUGUACGUCAAUCUUCUGAAAGAAGGAGGCAGGAAGCUCUUGGGCGGCAGCGAUAGUGAUGGGAUGGGACUGAAGAAAUCCCACUCGAGCCCAUCCUUGAACCAAGAGACCUCUCCUGUCAGUGCCAAGGUCAAGCGCAACGUCUCUGAGAGGAAGGACUACAGACCAGAAACACCAAGCAUUAAGCAGAAGGUUACUUAGAAUCCAUUGGAAGACAGGAAGCACUGGUCAUGCAGCAAAAUAUUGUUUUUCAAGAUCUUUCUGAUAAUCUGUGGUUCAUAAAAACAAUACCAACAAAUGAUUCUGUGACUAAAUGGUGCAUUAGUAACCCUUUUUCUAUAGUCUAUUUUUUGUUGUUGUUGUUGUUUUCUGUACAUAUUGCCAAGGGUUCUUUUUGGUCCCAAUUUCCUUUACUUUGAGAAUUUGCCAUUGGACAACUGAUGCACCUUGUUUUGCCAGGGGAAGGGAAACGCUGUUUCCCAAUAAACGAUGCGAUCCUUCCCCUUGGGUUUUCUCCUGUUUGCACACUGCUCCCUUGUUUUAUGUAUUCCUCCAGUCAGCUGUUACACUUUAAGAAAAAAAAAUAUAAUCCAUUGUAAAAGACUUAACUGGAUGAGCCUUGUAGCUUAGCUGGAGUUCAUCUAAGUCUGGAGUCAGUAGAAGUCUUUGUAAAUGAAACCUUGCACAGUCACAGAAGUGGAACUGACCACUGGUAGAAGUUAGAGGAAGGGCUCUGACCCUGGGAAUGAGGAUUUCCCGACAUGAUGUAGCCUUGAGCUCAUUUUUAGCACUUAUCAAGUUCUGAACCUUGCUAGUAGGAGGGGAGAAGAAUAAGAAGACUACAGGGAUUGUUAGUCCUAGACAACUCAUGUUAGCUUACUUGAAACUCCAAUUCCACUGAGAAAUGGAGAAAAGCAGAGUGAAGUCAUUUUGCCCGGUGAAGAUUAAGGGAAGAUUCAUUCCAGGUUAAUUUUGUUUGCCCAAGGAAGGCAGGCAUGUCGGCCAUUGGGGAGCUAUGUUCGUAGUUCUGGUUUUCAUCUCCUGGGGAUUGGAACAUGACUCCUGCUAUAUCUGAGAAGGAACUUGGGAUUCUGCACUGUCUGGUUAUAGCCUCUCAUACUUGCAUUGGGUUCUUUCUUAGGGUGUGUAGAUAUUUGGUUAUUUCUUGGCUGUGUGAACAUGGAGGUGGGAGGGAUAUCUUCCUUGCCCCCAUGUCUAACAAAGUAUUGUUGCAAAUUACUCUUUAUUUUCUUAGGUUUACACAGAGAAAUGAACAAAACAAGGAAAACAACUUUACAAAGUAGACCAUUCUCAAGGGGUCUUAAUAACCUGAAAAAUAUAUAUUAUAUAUAUAUAUAUAUAUAU